AUGUCUGCCUCGGAGAAGGCGCAGCAGUUGCGUUCCCUUAUUGGCCUACUCACUGAUGCUUCAGAGAUAGUCAUCAAAGAGUGGGAAGCCGAAGAACAGAGAGAUGGCAAUACAGGGGGGAAUGCACUCCCGUCGCAAGAGCUGUAUGAUGCUCGUCGCGUCAUACGUGGUGCUUGUGGUAUGUGUGCCGACAUGGUGGGGGAUCCCCUCAAUCGACUAGAAGAGCUGUCGCAUGGGGCAUUGUCUCUCAUGGAGGCCCUUUACAUACUGGUCGCCGCACGAAUUCCGGACAUCCUUGCUGAAAUGGCGCCUGGCGAAGGGAUGCCGAUAUACGAACUCAGUCGACGGACAGAGAUCGAUGACAUGAAGCUAGCACGCGUUCUCCGUUUGCUAUGCACUAGCCACGUACUUUCGGAAGUCAAGAGUGAUCACUUCGCGAACACUCGCACAAGCCUCGUACUGGUGCGGAAUGAGCCAGCGCAGUCUUUACUAUUGAUGAACGGCUUCGGCGUAUACAUGAAAUCAAUGGACAAGCUUCCCUCCGUGCUAAUGGAUCCCGUGAAGUCUCGAGCGACAGCGCCCAAUCAGUCUGCUUUCCAAGAAGCCGUGGGCACAGAUUUGACUUUCUGGGAGUGGUGUGAACAAGGCGUUGAACAGCCAGAUGGGACUGUACAGCCGCGCCCUCUUCACAAGACAUUUUCCAUGGCUAUGAUGGCUACUGGACAAAUUGUCUCUUCUUCCAUCAGUUCUGACUAUCCUUGGGCCGCUCUGGGUUCGGCGACAGUGGUGGACGUGGGUGGAGGUGUGGGUAGCAUGGCUAUGGAGCUAGCGGCGCAGUUCCCGCAGUUGCGGUUCGUCGUGGCAGACAGGGGGCCGGUAAUCGAGCAGGGGCAAGCGCUAUGGAUGUCCAAGAUGCCUAGCGCAAUUCAAGACGGGCGUGUUAGCCUGCAAGCUCAAGAUUUCUUCCAAGAGCAGCCUAUCAAAGGCGCCGAAGUCUAUUUUCUCCGCUACAUCUUACACGACUGGCCAGACGACGUCUGCGUCACUAUCCUCAAGCGGUUGCGCGAUGCUAUGAGCGCAAAUUCCCGCAUCCUGGUCGCUGACAUGGUCAUGCACACGACGGUGGGGUCCCCCCUUCUGAAGAGUGCUCCUACCCCUCUCCCUGCGAAUUACGGCUGUGCUAGCGUCUUCAAGAACAUGCAAGAUUUAGCUAUGCUCGCCUUAUUCAAUGGCACCGAACGUACCCCCGAGCAGCUCAGCGCGCUUGCUGCGCGAGCCGGUCUCAGGGUAGUGAAGAUCUGGGAAUGUCGUAGCAUCCUAUCCAUCACGGAGAUGAGGUUGCCCUAGGGUGUUUCUUUUCCACUUAAUCGCCGCAUACUGGGGUAUGGGUGGGUCAUUCAACGUAUUUGCAGAGCGCGUACUAGAGAAAGGAGCGCACCUGGGUACGGGGUGUGGGAUACGUGUUCGACAUGAUGGAGAUGAUGCGAUUCUUCUUUCACAGAAAUGUCAUCGUUACUGCC